GCGAGGAAGUUUUUCACCGUCUCCACCCGAUUUCAGUGAGACCGUCCACUCGUGCAAUUUCUCUCUGUGUUAGUGAAAUCGAAACCGGGCCACAAGAACAACGAAAGCGUAAAAGGAGGAAGUCACGAAUUUGCCAAGGAGGCGAUGAGGGCCAACAAGGGUGGCACGAAUUGACCGGAGAAUCGCCCACUUUCAUUGAUUGGAUCACGAGCUUGCCAUUGGGGAGGAGGGGAAGAGCGGGUGGCAUCCACGCUCGCGAUCGCAUUUUCCUUUGGGAAAGCAAAGUUGUCCGGGCGAUACCAUAAGUGGACGAAGUAGCGGUACGUGAAGGACCAUCUGUGUGUGCCACUGAUAUAUGGCCGUCCAUACCAAGUGUUUGUUUUAAUGCCUCAGUGAACACUAGCGAGACAGUUUUACACCAUAUUCAGUCUCUCAGUCAUGAGGUAUGUGAAACCAUUGAGCUUGUUCCAAGACGUAUUGAUGGCAUGUACGAAGAAAAAAGGCCGUUUGCUAGGCUUGGAUGUUGGCGAUAAGUAUGUCGGGCUUGCUGUCUCUGAUUCGAGUAACAAGAUUGCCUCACCCCUGAGCGUUCUGCUUAGGAAGAAGACAAAUAUUGACUUGAUGGCAACCGAUCUUCAGAGUCUGGUCUCUGAAUUCUCGCUACUUGGAUUUGUGGUUGGCUGCCCUCUUGACCGGUUUCGUGGUGGCAAUCCUGAGGCUGUGCAAAUGAAGGUUUUUAUUGACGAGCUUUCCAAAACAGGAAAACUUGAUGGUGUUUGUUAUACGUAUUGGGAAGAAACUUUUACAUCAAAGAAUGUGGAAUUGUUGUUACAACCUUUGACGUUGCAUCCAGUAGCAGCGAAGACAAUAGUGGACAAGUUCGCUGCUAUGGGGAUACUCCAGGGAUAUUUGGAUUAUGCCAACAAGAAGCAGAGAUCAGAGUCUUCUGAAUAGGACAUGAGCGAGAACUGUGGGGGCUUUAUCAUUCUCAGAGGUUAUCCUGAAUGUGACCUUCAAAUUGCGAUGGUAAAUAUGCAGUGCCAUUACCACCUGCUGCUAAUGCACCAUAAAGAGUUUGAGAGGGAUAAGUAGAUAUUCAAACGAGUUUUGGCAAUUUUUGGUUCGUAUGCUGAGGGAAAAAGCACAGGAGGAUUUCAACAGACCGUGUCAAUGAAGUGAUGACGAUCUUGUAGAUGUAAAGAAAGUUCUUUCCUACACACACAUCGAAGACCCUCUAGUCGACGCAUCUGUUUUUUCGAGAAUGAUCUUAUUAAUGUAAACUUUGAUGACCUGCGGCAGUUCAUCGAUCAAGUCUUUUUACGUAAUUAUUGAUUAGAGAAAAGUACCUAAUGCUAAUAGCUAAACAGUUUCCUGUUCAACUCACAUCAGAGAUUCUACAGUUAAG